CCGACCCUCAGAUAUGUCCUCGUCAACCGAAACUCUCCCGGCCAGCCAUCCACCCGUCGAUGCUGGCAGUGGCAAAUGCCCUGUAACGGGCCAGGAAUACGAAUUUAUCCCGCCUCAGGAGGGGGAUAUACGUUCCGUCUGCCCUGCAAUCAACGCCAUGGCAAACCACGGAUACAUUCCGCGCGACGGGAAGAACAUCAGUCCGUGGCAGAUGAUCCAUGGGCUCAAGGCGUGCUAUGGACUCUCCUCCCCGCUAGCCAUCUUCCUGACUACCGGCGGGUGGGUGCUCCUCAGGAAGUACCUCCCCGUGCGUAUCAAUCUGUUCGAACUCGGGGCGCACGGGAGAGUCGAGCACGACGCGAGUGUCGUGCACGAGGACUGUCCCCCGGACCAAAAGGAUGCUCCGAUUAAGGUCCAUCCGGAGCUCGUCAACGCCUUUGCCACCCACGUCGUGCAGUCGGCCGCGAUCAAGGUCGGGCGCGGGGUCGAGACGAUGGCAGAGACUGCGGUCGUUGUGACGGGCGACGACAUCGUGCAGACGCGGCUGCGGCGGGAGAAGCUCUCGCCGCCGCUGGACCCGCUGCACGCGGAGAUUGCGCGCGGGGAGAUGGCGAUCAUCCUCGGCGUGUGGGAGCAGACGGUUGAGGGCCGCAAGGGUGUGCCCCUCCCGUGGAUGCGGCGGUGGUUGGGCGAGGAGAGGCUACCGGACGGAUGGAAGCCCGACCAUGUUCAAGGUCUACUCGAUGUGGUGAAGCGUUCGACCGCGAUGAGGAACGAGAUGAAUCGGAUCCGUGAGGAGGAAGCGAAGAACGCCAAGGACCGAUGACGAACGGGCAGACGACUAUUGGACUCCGGAUUUAAUGCGUAUUUUAGCUCACAUACCCUUGUGUAUGACCCGAUAGUAUUAUAGAAGGCUGGGUGGAUGACUUCAUCCAGCGGCAUUCACUGGACCUUGCCGAGAAGCG